AUGGGCACAAACGGUGGAGGCGGCCUAGGUGAGGCCGGCGGCAUGAUGGGCCACAAUGCCAAUCAACCGCCAACUACCGAGUACACUCUCCAAGGUGUUAUGCGCUUUCUACAGACCGAAUGGCACCGCCACGAACGCGACCGCAACGCCUGGGAGAUCGAGAAGCAAGAGAUGAAGAGCAGGAUAGCCAACCUCGAAGGCCAGGGCCGCAGGGCCGACGCGACCCAGAAGGCUCUCAAAAAAUAUGUCACAAUACUCGAGAAAAAGGUCAAGGAUCAGGCCGCGCUGCUCAAGUCUAAUAAGCUGUCGUCUGCUGCCGGGGGGGAGGUUAAACCGGAUCGUGCUGCGUUGCUAGAGGAGAAGCUGCGCUCAUCGUUGGACAAACCCAGCGCCCCCGUGAUGGAGAGCGGCUCGCUCGAGGCCGGUCUCGCCGACGAAGAAGCCUCUCGCAAUGAGCUCAAAUCCUUCCUCGAUCAGUGCCAGGCCGAAUUUACCUACCUAAUGAUCACACCCGCGAACCCGAUGCCCCCGAGGGAGUCCCCCCCACUACCGUUGAUUGAGGAUCUUCGAGAGGGGGACGCGUUUGGCCAGCCACUGCUGGACCAGGCCUAUCACCAAGGCUUGAGGCAGCAGCAGCAGCAACAGCACCAACACCAACACCAACAGCAGCAGCAACACCAGCAACAACAACCUCAACAGCAGCAGCAGCAGCGUCAAAACUACCCCCGCGAGUUUCUGCCCGCGCAACCCCGCCCAGCUCCGGCUCCGAACAGCCAACCGCCUGCACCUCCUCCGCCAUCAAGCUUUGCUGCUAAACCACUUGACCCCCAGUCCGCGCCAAUGGUUCGCAGCACGUCAAACGCCGGGGUCGGACAUGCUCCUUCGGGAUACGGCAAUGCCACGGAAUGGCCAGUCCAGGAAUCUGGGGCUAGGAGGCCGGGCCUAGAAGAGGACUUGGAGAGGGCGAGUGUGGCGAAUCAUGUUAACCUGACCGAUGCCAAAGGAGAAACAGCUGCUGAUAAGCGAGGCGCGACCGAGACGGACAGCUGGGACUUCAACGAUGCCAACUUUGCGGAGGGAGGGGGCCCUAGCAGCCAGCCCCAACAGCCCUCGUCCAACCGCCCGGAUACCGACGUGUUCCCCGCUGCUGACAACAUUCCGCGCUCACCGAACCGCGCCCCACUUGCUCACCGGCGGAAGAGCUCAAGUUCGAGUUCGAUGACCCGCAAGAAGAGCGGCGAGCAUGAGUUGACGCUCCACUCCCUCGGGCCCAAGGCCGAAAGCUCCAACUUUAAGCUCAAGUUCGGCCUGCGCGGCCAUCUCGACACGGUCCGAACGGUCAUCUUUUCGGGAGGCGGUAGCCCUGGCGAGCCCGAGAUCUGCACGGCCGGGGAUGACGGGACGAUCAAACGGUUCCACAUUCCCGAUCGGCAUCCUGGCGGCCACGCCGGUGCGAGCGGCUCUGACCUCGAUGUCGUCGCCGACUUCACACACCGCGGCCAUACGGGAGCAGUUCUCUCCCUGACAUCGUGGUCGCCGUCGCCCAACUUCUCGACCGGCGGCCGCGCCCAAGGCGACGGCUGGAUCUUCUCAGGCGGACAAGACUCCACCAUCCGGGUCUGGGAGCGCGGGAGGGUUGACCCCAAGGCGACCCUCGACGGUCACACCGACGCCGUGUGGGCGCUCUGCGUCCUUCCUACCAACCUUGGCUCGAUAUUUGGCCAGUCCAACAGCUACGGCACACCGGACCGCAUCCUACUCGUGUCCGGCGCUGCUGAUGGCACCGUCAAGGUGUGGGCAGUCAGCUCGCCGCCGCAGCUCACCUCGCCGCAACCCGUGGCCGGGCGUCGUCCUGCGGGCGGCCGUACACGCGGUAACUCGAUGAGCUCCGGAUCUGCGUUCCCCAACUCCCCGCAGCCUACGACCGCCUCAAACUCGCCGUGCCACCACACCCUAAUCCACACCAUAACGCGCCAAAACUCCAAGGCAAGCCCCACCUGCAUCACCUCGCUCAGCCAGAACGGCGAGACCUUUGUCGUCAGCUACGCCGACGCCGCCAUCAUCGUGUACGAUACCCGCUCGGGCGAAGAGACUGGUACCAUGGCCAGCUUGGAAACCUAUGACAACACAAUCUCAACCAGCGUCAACGCCGUCGUCGCGACCACCGUCGGUCUCGAUCAUCAGCCGCACCAAGGCCUGAGCGAGGAAGAUACAGCCGGCGGUGGGCCGACUGGUGGUGGACGGGCUAUGGCCGGGUCCGGCGUGGAGGGCGUCAUUAUUUCAGGCCACGAAGACUGCUAUGUACGGUUCUUUGACGCCAAUAGUGGCCAAUGCACGUACAACAUGGUCGCCCACCCCGCCUCCAUCUCCAGCCUAUCCCUCAGCCCCGACGGCCGGGAGCUCGUCAGCGCGGGCCACGACGCCUCGCUACGCUUCUGGUCCCUCGAGAAGCGCUCCUGCACCCAGGAAAUCACCAGCCACCGCGUUAUGCGUGGCGAGGGCGUCUGCACUGUUGUCUGGAGCCAGGACGGGCGUUGGGUUGUGAGUGGCGGUGGCGAUGGCGUAGUGAAGGUGUUUGCGCGAUAG